GCGCCACUUUGAAAGAUCUCGAAAAUAUUUGCCGAUGUCUGCUUUCUUAUUGAUUCAGACGGCAAUACAUGUUUUAGCACCGGUAUAGUCUUUAACCCCUUCCGUGUUUUUAAAAGGACGACUUUUAACUCCUCAAAGUUUUACCCGAGUCACAUCGUUUACGCGUUUUAGUCGCUGGACCCUUUAUUUGGCUUUGGAAAGGCCUGAAGUGAUGUGUCAUACAAGCGUUACAACAGUGUAGUCAGAGAAGAUAAAAUCUGAUGACCAGCACAAUGUUUGGUACACCAUCGUAUCCCUCCCCUUUGGACCGCAUACGCACCGGGAGACGAGAUCGUGCACAGCAGCUGGGACUGACACCCCAUCUGGAUAUCUCCUUUGAUGCUAAUCAGUCUUUCCCUAAAACCUGUCGCCCCCAGCUGAAGAAUGACAGCACACCUAUCAUUAAAACUAGGAAGUCUCUGUUCAAAGGUACUGGCCUGAAUGAUGUGAGCUUUUCGGCUGGACAUUCAAGGGGAAGUUUCUCUAACUCUCCUGACCGCAGUGCUAACACGUCUCUCGGAGAAAGCUGGUCCUUCUAUAACUAUGUGGGUGGAGGACUGUCUGGUAUAUCGUUCCCGACAGCUCUACGGAAUCCCAACAAAGCUAUAUUUACUAUCAAUGCUCACACCUCAGAGAUUCUGAUGGCUAAUGAGAUGGCCUGUGAGAUGUUUGAGUACGAGGAGUCUGAGCUGAUUGGGAUGCGAUUGGAGGAGAUGAUCCAGCUGAAACACAAAGACCAGCGAUCAGUGACUGAGACUCAUCUUGAGGCUUCAGGGGAUAUCGUCGAGAUCUGCGGCAAAGUCGUAGACAUUCUUGACUCGUAUGGUCAAUUGCUCCCUGUGUCACUGUGGGUUAAGCCGCUUGGCUAUGAAGGGGAUGAGCCACGGUGUCUGGUCGUCAUGGAGCCAGUGGAAAGAACCGUGGCAACAGUGGAGUUUGACACUGAUGGAACCAUCCUGUCAUGUGAUGACCAGCUGGCCCAUCUCCAUGGUUAUCGUCACCCAGGAGAUGUGGAAGGCAUGAAGAUGAACCAGCUCAUUCCAUCAUUCAAGUGCCCAACAGUUGGCAAGAGGAUGUCUAAAGAUGUUCGUAAGCAGCGUGCCACAGGCAGAACACGUGAUGGUGCCACCUUCCCUCUCAGCAUAGCCCUCAAGCUUGUAGAAGAAUUCACAGACGGAGUUCAGGCAAAUGUGAAACGAACACCCCUGCGUACACGAUCACAGAACCAAGAAGGGCGUGAGGGUUUGAAGAUCAGAGAGCCUCAGCCAUGUGAGAAGGAGGUGUACGUUGGUGUGAUUUGGGUGUUUGCAAACAUUCAAGGCAUGAUCACCUUCCUCCCUGACGGCACCAUCUACAGCAUCAAUGAGAACUUUGCCCUCAUGCUGUUUGGCUAUACACAGCAGGAACUGAUUGGCAUGCACAUUUCUGACCUGAUCCCAGAUUUCAUCGAGGUCAUCCAAGGAGGAAAUGACUCCAUUAGCAUACCACCCAGUGAUGAGGACAGUCCUCAGAUUGGCCCGCAUUUGAAUCAGAGUGACCCUAUGGUGAGGUGUUCCCUACCUAACCGGAAAAUUGAAGGAGAGCCACGACACAGCCCUAUUUCCAGCAAUGUCAGCAAGCAGUCCAAAUGGGGCCUGGGACCAGCGUCCCUCUUUACUGGCCCUGGGGUGACAUCCACACCUUCACGGUCACCUGCCACUACUGCUAAGGGACUCACAGAACAUCAAAAUAAGAUUAGUGAGAGAGAUUUGAACAAAAACAAUCAGCAGGGUGCAGAAAGCCCUGUUUGGAACACAAUGGAGCUGUUAGCGGCUAAAAUACCAACCCUGGACAUUGUUUCCUCAUCGUCUGAUACGGAAUUCGGAUCAGAUUCAGAAAAUUUCAGCUUCAAGCAAAUGUUUUUCAUCAGUCGUUGGACCACGGCAACCAGGCCUGAGGAUUUUGAGGUGAUAUGGCACAAACGCCAUGUGCCUUGUGAAGAUGAUAUUGUGCUGGAAAAGCUGAACCAGCGGACUCUGUCACCAAAGGGAGGCAAUCGCUAUUUUCCUCCCUUACAAAAAGAACAGCCGUGGUAUUGUAAGGAUUUUUGUCACAGUUCAGUGCUAUUCCGGAGGGAGAGUUUUGUUGUCGAUGGGCAACACAGAGAUGGCACUAGCUUAGGUAUAUCUUUUCAAUUGAAGCGGGUAGACCUGGAGGGUGGUAACUUCCUCUAUGCAAUGUGGUUGUCACGUGACCCACGGGAACCUGGGGAAGGUGGCCGCUCAUUCGCCAAUCUCACUCUGGCCUCUAGUCUCAACAGCACCAUGGAAACUGGCAGUUUUAGUCUGGGAGAGGCCUUAGUCGAAAAGGCACAAUCAGCUUCUAAAGUUCUUGGAGAUGAUCCCAUCAAGCAGUACCAUUACAACAUGACGAAUGAUGAAGAUGAUGCUGAUGUCAACACUUCUAUGGAAGAGGGUGUGGUCUCUCUCAGUGAGGGGCGUGGCUUGUACAAUGAAAACUACGACACACUACGCUGUAUAGGGAAGGGGGCAUUUGGUUUUGUGCGCCUGGCACGGAGAAAGGAUAAUUAUCAAGAGGUGGUUGUAAAGUUCAUCCGCCGUUCAAAGGUCCUCUCUGAAGGUUGGGUGAUCGACGAGGAUCUGGGAAAAUGUCCUCUAGAAAUCAGCCUGCUUUCCCAACUUCAUCAUGACAACAUUGUUAAGGUAAUAGAUGUGUACGACAAUGAAGACUUCUACCAGAUGGUGAUGGAGAAGCAUGGCAGUGGCAUGGACCUGUUUGAGUUCAUCGACCGAAACCCCAACCUGGACGAGGCCCUGGCCAGCUAUCUGUUCAGACAGAUAGUUUCUGCAGUGUUCUACCUUCACAGCCUGGGCAUUCUUCACAGAGACAUCAAAGAUGAGAACGUGAUUCUGGAUGAGGAGUUCCAGGUGAAACUGAUUGACUUCGGCGCUGCUGCCUACCUGAGACCUGGACACUACUUUAAGACGUUCUGUGGGACCCUAGAGUACUGCAGCCCAGAGGUGCUCAUGGGGCAAAGUUACCGAGGUCCAGAGCUUGAGAUCUGGUCAUUGGGGGUCACCCUCUACACUCUCAUCUUCAGAGAAAACCCAUUUUAUGAUGUGGAAGAGACAAUAGAGUGUACCCUCAAACCCCCAUUUGUCGUCUCCAACACACUCAUGCUCCUGCUUUCCUGCAUGCUGCGUAAAGAUCUGCGUUGCCGAGCAACCAUCCAGGAAGUGAACAAACACAACUGGGUGAAUCAACCGGUGGACAUUUCACAAUACAGCUGGGAAGAUGUGCUGCCCAAUUCAGAAUUCUAUGGUAACACCGCAGCAGACCAUCGUGAAGACUCCAGUCCUGCUGAAGUCAACAAUUAUACGUUUGAGUUCAGUCGGGAUAAGUUUGUUUAUCACGGAGAUCCAGAGGCUGGUAGACAUGAAACGGAGGACUUUGAUUCAGAGUCAGAGUCAGAAGCAGAAGAACUUGAGACAGAGCUACAGAGGUGCUUGAAUCUGUCUGAAAUGAACGAAUGCAAGGUUUAUGUGUAUGAUGAUGAUGACGAUAAUGACGACGAUGAGUAUGAUGUGGAUGAUGUUGAAGGUGCAGAGCUGUCAGAGGUUCAUCAUGACAGAAGACUUUUUGGAGACUGCUAAGGCAGCUUUAUUUUAAGCCGUGAUGCAGAACUUCAGAGUUACAAAGGUGUUUGAAAUGAACGAAUGCAAGGUUUAUGUUGAUGAAGAUGGUGAUGAUUAUAGGGUAUCAAGUGUUCAACAUGGCAGAAGACUUAAUGGACUGUGCCGAGGCAGAUUUAUGAUAGAGGUUUCAUUUAGAAAGUAUUUUAUACCUUCAGGAUAACAAGGAUGUUUUAGAAAGCUACGAGCGUAACUUUGUUGGAGAGACAUUGUUUGCAAAGAAAUCGGCGCCAUUUCCAUUGCCUUUUUGAUGUUUGAAGAAACCUUGACCAUCAUGUUUAGUACUCUCUAUUAUCAGGAAAUGUUGAUUAUUUCUCGUCUUUUGAUCAAAAUCCAACAAGGUGUAAAACUCCGUCAGCAAGGUUGAAAUCUUGUGUGACAUGCAAUAUCUUGAUUCUGAUAUAUUUUGUGAUAUGCUCAGAAAGAAAUGGCUACCAUUGAGUUUUCUUCACUUUAGUGCGAAUUUGAUCUCUGGGCUCUGAUGUCAAGAGAUGUUACCUGGUGCAAAAUUAGCUUACAUGGUGCGUAAAAUGCGAAAAUUAUACCACUGAUGGUGCCAUUCAUUUUAAUCAAUGCAACCUACAUGUAUACCUCUGUGUUAUGCUACCGGUGCGAAUCUUGUGAACCAGAUUGGACUACUCAGUAAGUAGUGACAAACUUCUGUUCACUAAGUUCAAAAAUAUCAGCUAGGCUGGUUAUCUGACUUUUUUAUUUUGAUAAUUUUAGUACCUCAAUAAUCAAAACAUUCUCCAUACUUUUAAAUUAAAGUGGGUGGUGCCUCUGGGCACGAAAUACCUCUUAUAUAUGUUAAAUUAAUACCACCAGUGAAGACAUGAAAUAUAUCAGAUAGAUCCUUUCUGCUUUAUAUAACAGUUGGAAAAGGUGAGAGACCAGUUAGAUAUCUCAACCCUAAGAAAACAAAUAGUAGUAAACAUUGUUUUGUGGCCCUCAAAUUCAGCUCAUACAUGUGAGGCAGAUUUUGUGAAGAUAAGUACAUCAUGUUGGACAACAGCUUGGCUGGGACCAAAUUAAAUCUCUCUUUAGAGUGGGAUGUCAUAUUGUAACCUGGGCUGAAAGUCAUCAGGAACUGUGAUGAAGGGAUUGAGGUAAAUCCAUGAAUAGUAAGGCGUGAACUGUCACUGAUUGCUGCGCACGUAGGACCAAUCCACUCCUAGAUAUUGAAGCGGUUCACUGAUAUUCAGCCAAACAUCAAUACCAGCACAUUGAUGUCCAGCCAAUCCUAAGUAUCCAUACAAUGACUUCCAGCCAGUCAUCAAUACCAACACAUUGAUGUCCAGCCAAUCCUAAGUAUCCAUACAAUGACUUCCAGCCAAUCAUCAAUACCAACACAUUGAUGUCUAGCCAAUCCUAAGUAUCCAUACAAUGACUUCCAGCCAAUCAUCAAUACCAACACAUUGAUGUCCAGCCAAUCCUAAGUAUCCAUACAAUGACUUCCAGCCAAUCGCUCAUACCUACACAUUGAUAUCCAGCCAGUCAAAAUUACUGGUACACUAAUGUCUAGCUGAUCAUAUAUGUCCUAUUAAUCAUUAGUACCGGUUCAUCGAUCACUUCAGU